UUAAUAGUUUUCCUCCAUACUUGUAAUCUUGCCGUAAUUCAUUGUAAAUGGCAAUUUAGUAAUCAUCUUUCAAAUGUAGUGAUUUAUCCGAAAGUCUCGAAAGGCUGAAUUCCAACGUUUGUACCUAUCCAUGAAAUAUCUUGAACAAAUUGUAAAUUACUUUUUUCCAUAUUUUUAGUAACUCACAUCAAUCAUCAUAAAUUAAGAAUCUAUCGAUGAGAAUUAUUUUCAUGUAUAGUAAAUUUCCUCACGGUAAGAUUUAUUUAUUUUUGGUAGAAUUCCUCACGGUAAGAUUGAGAAUAAAGUGGAGAGUGAGUAAUUCUUCUCGAAUUCUCGUAAAUAAUUAUUUCUUUUGGGUGUUGUUUUCUCUUACGUUAACGGCCGACAUUGACUGAUUAACCCGGACCAUUUGACGUGACUAUCGUUUAAAGUUGGAACUGGACGACGACAGAUGGAGGUGAAGGCGGAAUCAAUCAUGGCUGAAUCCGCAAGCAGAGGAGGGAAGAAAGGCGAAGAUGGACCAAAACCACGUCCACGAUCAUGGCCACGGCCACGGCCACGGUCACGAGUUAUGGCAAUUGAGGACAUAUCAUCUGGCACAAAUCGAAAAAAGAGCGAAGAUGAACCGGCGAGGCUGGAUCAAAGAAAUUGGCAAAGUGGUGAAGAUGGACCAGCGAGGCUGAAUCAAGAUAUGGUAAAGUUAUUGGCUGACUCAAGUACGGCUGAAUACGCUAGCACAAAAGGGGAAAGAGUUGAAGAUGAACUAAAUCAGGAUAUGAUGAAGUCAGAGGUUAAAUCAGUAUAUGAUGUGGUCCUGAGUUUCACAGGAACCGAUGUUGGCUCUGAUAUCGCCAAUCGCCUCUAUGACUGCUUGGUAGCUGACAGAAUUCGCGUUUUCAGAUAUGACGGAACCCUUCGCACUCCAACCGAAGAGCUUCGGUCAUCGGUCUACAGCUCCAAGAUCUGCGUACCUAUCUUUUCCAGAAACUAUGCCGGUAGCUCUUGGUGCCUUGAUGCGCUUGCACUCAUGGUGGAGCACACGUCUACAUCAGGUGGGAAGAAGGAGAUCCUGCCCGUAUUCUACGAUGUGGACCGGAAUUUGCUGGAAAAAAAAUCACUCGACACAAAAGACCUGAACAAACAGAGGCGGAAGUGGGGCGAUGAGAAAGUCGAGCAGUGGAAGAAGGCUCUCGGGGAGGCUGGUAAAGUCGAGGGAUGGGAUCUAAGCUCAUAUAAAGGUGUCGGUCAAGAAGGACUUAUCAAUAUUAUUGUUAGAGAAAUUUCGCUUAAGCUGAAGAUAGAGCACAAGCAUGUGUUUGAAGAUCUAUUCACUGGUGCAGAUCCCGUGUUAUCAUCCAUGACCUCGGAGCUUCAAGACAGUCAAAAAUCGGAAAUAAUGAGAUUAUUGGAACUGGAAGUAAAUGACGUACGAAUUGUUGGAAUCCAUGGGAGAGAUGGCAUUGGAAAGACUGCUCUCGCCAAAAUCGUAUAUGACCAAAUAUCCCAGCGCUUUGAUGCUUGCAGUUUUCUUGCAGAGAUUGAAGAAACGACGCAGCAACCUGGUGCUGUUCUGUAUCUUCAAACCAAGUUGAUUUUUGAUAUGUUGAAAAGGGAGUAUGAGGUUAUUUCUUCUUUCAAAGGAGUACGAUUUUUGAAAGAAAUAUUUAGGAAUAUGAAAGUUCUCAUUGUUCUUGAUGAUGUGAAAAGUAGGUCCCGUCUCAAGAUGUUUGUAGGAGCUGAGCUUGAUUGGUUUGGUUCUGGAAGCAGAAUAAUUGUCACCUCAAAAAAAAGAAGCGUUCUUCAAGGGUUUGUUGCUCGAGGGUUGGCUCAUACUUACAAUGUUAAUCCGAUGGAUGAUAAUCUAGCUUUCAACUUUUUGUGGCAGUGUGCUGCAAUAGGAAAGAGUGAUGAACUACGUUCUUAUGUUAAAAUUGCAAUCCAAAUAGUGAAGGCUGCGAAGGGACUUCCACUACUUCUCAAAGUGUUUGGUUCUUUUUUGCACGAUAAAGGACUAGAAGAAUGGAUUAAAUUCGAAGAUCUCAUACAAAAAUGUCAGGAAGAUUACCAGAAGAUUCUGAGCAUAAUUUAUGAAGCAUUAGAUCAAAAGCAAAAGCAGAUGUAUCUUGAUAUUGCAUGUUUUCCCCCAGAUGUGGAUUAUAGGAUUGCCUCAUAUAUGACGCAUGGUUAUUAUGGUCCUAAUAAAGAAAUCAGGGUCCUUCGUCGUAUGUCCCUAAUAAAAAUGGAAGAAAAUAGAAUAGGCAUGCACAGCAUGCUAAGGUGCCUUGCCAGGGAGAUCAUCCGCAAAGGUUUCCAUGAUCCAGGAACAGUUGUUGGAUUGCACUUACCUGCCAUAGCCCAGGACACGAACAAGGGGAAAAAGGGAACGGACCAUCUUAACACUGAAGAGGCAGGCUUUGAGAUCCCGUCGAACACGACAUUUCUCAGCUUGGGGCGCGCCAAUAUUGGUGGACAAUUUGCAGAUACCUUAUUGAACGUACGGUGGCUUCAUUGGCCAACGUGCCCUCAAGAUGCAAUCCGCAUUCAUUUAGAGAAAAAUGAGAACCUAGUUAUUCUUGAUCUUUCGUGGAGUAAGGUUACAGGAUCCUGGAGAGGUUGGAAAAGAAUUAAGAUGGAGCGUUUGAAAGUCUUAAAUCUUACAGGUAGUGCAGACUUAUUAGUUACCCCCAGCUUCUCCUGUUGCCCAAAUUUGGAGAGACUGAUUCUUGAGAAAUGUUCUCGCUUGGUUCAUUUAGAUCCUUCAAUUAAUGAUCUGAAGCGCUUGGUUACCCUGAAUUUGAAGUUUUGCUCCGAACUUAGCAUGUUGCCAGUGGAAAUGGAUGGGAUGAAUGCUUUGAAAGAGCUCCUGAUUGAUGGCACUUCCAUUCGACAACUUCCUGCGUCGAUAGGCAAGUUGGUUCAAUUGCAAAUUCUUGGUGCCACUAAUUGCUCCUCAUUGGUUCAUGUUCCUGGUUCAAUUUGUGACCAGACAUUAUCUCUUUCAGUGCUAGCCUUGGAUGAUGCGAAAAUUCUUGAACUACCCGAGUCACUUGGAAACCUGUGGCAACUUAGACGCUUGUCUUUGAGGGAUUGUCGUGGGCUAGGAAAGCUUCCGGAAUCCAUUGGCAAAUUGAGAUUCUCAUUAGUAGAAUUGGAUAUUUCGGGUACAGGUAUUUCGAAAUUGCCCGAUUCAACUAAAAAUCUAAGGAAUUUGACAGUGCUGAAAAUGGAUUCUUGUUUCGUAAGAGAAUUUCCUUGUGACAUUGCAAAGUUGUUUUACCUGGAAGAAGUACAUGCCUCCUGGUGUAGGAGUUUGGAGGGUGUCAUUCCCAGUAAUAUUUCGGAACUAUGUCAUCUCAGAGAAUUGAGGCUUAGAGGUACUCGUAUAUCCAGCCUUCCACCAGAAAUCCAGUUCAUGUCAAGUCUUCAGACUCUUGAUUUGCUACACUGCGACAUUCUCAAAAAGUUGCCUCCCCUUCCCUCUAACCUAAUUAACCUAUAUGUCAAUCACUGCUUGAAGCAAAAAAUGUAAGAAUCUCCAAAUAAUACAGUGUUAGUUUGGAUCAGAUGAUUGAGUGUUGUCAUUUGUUGUGUUUAGUAGGAUUGAUUACAUUACGCCCCCGGCAAUUUUACUGUAGUGUCGGCCUACUCUUCUCAA